AUGUACAGGAAAAGCCGGAAGACUAAAUCUAAAAAAUCGACCUCUUCCGUUCAAUCUCGCACCGGCGAACGGCGAAGCGCCAAGAGGACACUCCAGGAACGCCUGUUUCAGGCCCUCCAGCCAACUCAUCAGGGAAAGAAAGAGUUCUUUCCCAGGAAUGUUCUCUCUACCAUCAUCACCGAGAAGUGUGUGUACGAAGAGCUUUCCAAGCACCUCGGCGCCGACGCCCACAACAAGAAAGAGAUUGCAGAAUAUGCAAGGAAGAUCUGCGAGGAAAUAGAAUACGAAGACCACGGAAACCAGAAGAUCAAAUGUUUCCGCAAGAUCUUUGUAAUAUUGGUCCUGAUCGAAAAGACUCUUGAGAUCAUCAAGUUCUUGGAGAGGGACGUGAAUGACUCGGAUUUGCCACUUGAAAAGGUUGAGCGACCACAUGAGAAGGGCUCAUACGACCUCAGACUUAGCCGCAACCCAGCGAAGCGCUUAAAAUGUUUUAGCAAGACUUGGAACCAGCUCCACCUAAGAAACUUUGAGAUGUAUCAAUGGAUGACGCUGUCCCCAUUCUUCGUCAAAGGCGGGCACAAAGACGUCAAGCACUACCCACUGCAGGACCAGGUUAUCUUGCCAUUCAUUUCAGCUAGCAAAAGGGAUCGAACAAGUACAUAUAAAACACUGGAGUUUGAGGGUGGCUUUGGAAGAGUGUUCAAAGUGGAUAUUCACCCCGAUCACCAUAACUUUCACGGUCUUAACAUUAAGAACCAAAGUUUUGCAAUUAAGUGUCUACACUCACGAGACAAGGAACGGUUUAAGAAAGAAGUAGAGAUGCUGAAGAAAUUCAGCACUAUCCCUCCUCAUGACCACCUUAUAUCUCUCUUGGCCACAUACGAGCAAUUUAAGAGCUACUUCCUCAUUUUCCACUGGGCAGAAGCCGACUUACAAAGAUACUGGAGGGAGGUAAACCCAACGCCAAGCAUGGAACGGGAAACCGUAAUCUGGGUAGCUAAGCAAUGUAAGGGCGUCGCCGACGGUAUUGUGAAGAUCCACCAGUACCGUACCAGCAGUUCGAGACUUCAACCUCAGCCUCAGGAUGUAAUUUUCGGUCACCAUGGCGACAUCAAGCCCGAGAAUGUCCUCUGGUUCCCAGAUCCAGACCACGAGCAGACCAAGCGAGGGGCUUUGAAGCUCUCAGAUUUUGGACUUGCCGAGCUCAGCAUGCACCAAACUAUGUCAAUGAAAGCGAAAUCCAAUUUUGCAACAUCUCCUCCGUAUAGAGCGCCAGAAGUUGACUUAGAGGGAACUGGUGCCAUUGGACGUUCUUAUGAUAUGUGGACUCUAGGGUGUCUCUACUUAGAGUUCAUAACAUGGCUGAUUGGGGGUUGGGAGUUAGUUGACAGCUUUGCAUUCAAGCGGAUGGCGCAUGACCCCUACGUUGGACAUGAUACUAGAACCUUCUUCAGACUAGUAAAGAUAAGACAGGCGGAUGGCAAAUGGAAAAGGGUGGCGGAAAUAAAGCCGGUUGUUACAACAUUUAUAAAUGAGCUUUACGCCGAUAAAUCAUGCACCAAAUUUCUUCGCGACUUCCUUGACAUGGUUAAGGAUGAUCUAUUGGUUAUCAAAACACAAGAUCGCGAGACGCGAGGUCGAAAAACUUGUCAAGAAGUACAUAAGAAGCUCGUGGAUAUGCUCAAGAAUUGCGAAGAUGAUAGGGGCUAUGCCUGCGACCCGGCUCCUCGUUUGAAUGUUGUGGAUGGAGAGACUUCCGAAGGGCAUCGGAGGAGAUGUUAUCAGUUGGUUGAUUCGAUUGACUCGCCCACGGCAACGAGUAGUGAUGGUCCCGGCGCCUCCGACAUCAAACAAUUUUGA